GUAGCGCUUGGUAAGAGUUUGCGGGGAUUAGUCGUUCUGCGUGGAUGCAAUCCUGCCUCAUGGCACCCCAACGAGGUAUAACACCCCAGAAUGGUUGUUGAUGAACGACCUUGCGUGCCUUGGGUUGUCCUCGCUUCAUAAUUUUCUAUGACUUUCAAAAUGGCCAUUGAUCCACCCACUUCCUCAACCAAGACCCUCGAGCUUGAGGUUGUUAGAUACGAGCAGCUCAGGAGCAAUGACAACGUUGAGGUGAGGAAGCUAGCCCAGGCCUUGUCUGACCAGGGAAUGCUAUUCUUGGAUCUCCAGAAAUCCACGGCAAAGCAAUUCCUGAAAGACCUGCAAACCGUGAUACAGCAUCAGCGAGCCUUCUUUGAACAGCCGCAGGAGGAGAAGUCCAAAUAUCACACGGGCAUUCGAUACAACGGAUUUUACACUUCCCCCAUUGGUGUCGAAAAGAUCCACCUUGGUCGCAAGGAGCAAAUGGCAGGGGACCGGUCUCAACUUCCCGAAGCACUUCAGCUGGUGGCAGAUAAGGUCGAAAAUGUCUCUUCGUUCAUUGACAAGAUACUCCGCGAGAUUGGCAUGACGUUGGCAAGCUCGAUGGAUGAACCAUUCCCGGCCAGUUUGCAGGACGCCACCAGGCCCGGCCAAAGUCAUCUAACAUUGGGCAUCUCAAAGGCACGUGCCGGGACACCUCUAAUGGACGGCCACACCGAUGACGGUUUCCUCACUCUCACGUUCUAUGACGAGCCCUUUCUCGAAGUCUUGGAUAGGUCUACAAAUGAGUGGAAGUUGGUUGAGGUGAAUUGCAACAUGCCAAUCCUGAAUGUAGCUGCCCAGUCGGCAAAGAACUCGGGAGGUCGGCUGUACAACCCCUGGCAUAGGGUAAAGAUGGGGGAGAACGAGAUAAACUUGGUCAUGUUUGAUCUGUUUGAAGAUUCGAAUUAGUAGACUGCUAAGCUUGAGAUCUUUCGUUUUUUGUCGUUGGAGGGGAUGACAAUGGUUUAGUAGCAAUACAUAUCAUAGCUAGGUAUCAAACACGAAAGCCACCUCAUGUUUUUU